CUCCGCGCCCUGCAUCCGGUGCACCCCGGCUCCCGGGCGGCGAUAAAGCUGGGCGCCCCGGGCCCCCAAGCCGAGCGGCUUCCAGGCCCUGCCGCCGGGGCGAGCAGAGUUAACGCCGCCCGCUGCAGCCCAGGCCGGGGGCCGGGCCCCGGGGAGCGCCUCCCAUUGGCCGCCGAGCCGGCUCCGCGCUGGUUGGCUGGGGCGCCCUGCUGCGGCUCCGGCGGAGUCCCCCAUUGGCGCUGCGUUCCAGGGACCCGAGCGUGGCGGCCCGGCCUCGGCUGCCUACCUCGGGUAAAGGUGCUCCAGCUCCCGCAGCUUGCCACGCUCGUUCUUAGCCGGAACCCUAACUUCCUUCUCGUCCCUCCCCUUGCCGUCGCCGAGCUGCCUCCCGGUCUCCCCUCUGAUUCUUUUCCUCCUGUUGCUCUUCUUUUUCUUGCUUCUCCACCUACCAUUUCCCAGCUCCGCGUCUUCCUACUCCCUGGUCCCCCUAGCCUGUCAUCGCGGGCAUCCCCACCUGCCAGCCUCCAGCUUCUGCUCCUUCUGACUUAGAUCCCUCGGUCAGCAGGGCCUUCUCACCACACUACCGCACAACUCCUUACCUCUCUGCCACCAUCUGACCCCCAGAUCCCCUCUAACUUUAGCUUCACUUCUUGGCAUUUGACCUUGGCACAUUAGCUCUCUGAAUUUCUGCCUGUUGCAGCGUGGGCUUCAAGAAGGAGGGUGUUGCCCUGAGAUCCAUCCCUGCUCUCUGAGGCUGUUGCUGCCCUACCAUGGACUUCUUGAUGAGUGGCCUGGCAGCCUGCGGGGCCUGUGUGUUCACCAAUCCCCUUGAGGUUGUGAAGACCAGAAUGCAAUUGCAGGGUGAACUGCAGGCCCCAGGCUCCUACCAGCGUCACUACCGAAAUGUCUUCCACGCCUUCUUCACCAUUGGCAAGGUGGAUGGCCUGGCUGCCCUGCAGAAGGGCCUGGCCCCUGCACUCCUGUACCAGUUCCUGAUGAAUGGCAUCCGACUGGGCACCUACGGGCUGGUGGAGUCUAGGGGCUACCUGUGUACCACUGAUGGCGUCCACAGUCCCUACCGCAGCGCCGCAGCCGGGGCCAUGGCUGGGGUCAUGGGAGCCUAUUUGGGAAGCCCCAUCUACAUGGUGAAGACACACCUGCAGGCACAGGCAACUUCUGAAAUUGCUGUAGGGCACCAGUAUAAACAUCAGAUCUUCCCUCCCCAGAGCUGGAAGGUGGCUCUGGCGGCCGCCAUGGUGAGCGGUGUCGCAAUAGUCCUGGCCAUGACCCCCUUUGAUGUGGCCAGCACAAGGCUUUAUAACCAACCCACUGACACUCAAGGCAAGGGCCUCAUGUACCGGGGGAUCUUCGACGCUCUGCUGCAGACAGCUCGGACAGAGGGCUUUUUUGGCAUGUACAAGGGUAUAGGUGCCUCCUACUUUCGCCUCGGCCCGCACACUAUCCUGUCCCUGUUCUUCUGGGACCAGCUGCGUUUCCUUUACAACACAUAUGCUAAGUAGCCGUUAGCCGUCGCUCUCCUGCACUCAGGUCUCUCUCUGGGCACCUCUGCCCCUACUACUCACCACCUCGGUGACUGGUGACCGGCUGGCUUUCUAGCACCUUCGGGGCACGGCCACGCCCACCUCUUCUCUGUUCUUUCAGGGUCAGCAGUCAUCCUGAGCAGCAUUCACUUCCAAGUCCCCCUCCGUACUUCGCCCGUCUCAGGGUUCAGUCACUCCAAAGUAUAUUUCUACUGUCAAUCUUGGGUCCCUUCUGUUCCUGUGUACAGCUUUAAACUCCCCUUCCCGGACCACAGGGGACUGGGGAGACCCAGGUGUCUGCUGAGAUUCAAAGCCACAGAGAUCAUGUUGUCUAUAAAGCAAGUUUAUUUCUGCA